AUAACAAUGAAGGAGAUUAGAAAUGGAUACAACAUUAUUGCAGCUCUCAUAAAAUACUAUUGGUGGGUGAGGGAGAUUUCUCUUUUGCUGCAUGCUUAGCCAAACGAUUCGAUACUACAGUGAACAUGAUUGCUACCUCCUUUGAUUCCGAAGAGUUUUUGAUGCAAAACUACUCGAAUGCUAGAACCAAUUUGGAAGAACUGAAAGAGAGGAGAUGCACUACUUUGCACAAUGUGAAUGCACAUACUAUGAUCCUACACCCUCUGCUUAAUUUGAAAGUGUUCGACAGGAUAAUCUUCAAUUUUCCUCAUGCUGGUUUCAUGUUUUCUGAACAUGAUGAUCGCCAAAUUGAGCUUCACCAAGAAUUGGUCAGGGGAUUCUUGAGGAAUGCAUUUGACAUGCUGACAGAGGAUGGAGAAAUUCAUAUUACCCAAAAGACGGCUUAUCCUUUUAGCAAUUGGAAGAUAAAGAAGUUAGCAAAGAAGAUUGGUCUACGCUUGCUUGAGGAAGUGAAAUUUUGUGAGUUGGAUUAUCCAGGUUAUGUUAAUAAGAGGGGAUCAGGGAGUAGAAUCGACGACACUUUCCCUAUAGGAGAAUGCAGUACUUUCAAAUUCGUCAAACCAUGUCACAGAUCAUAGAAAAUUAUCUACUAAAGCUUAAAAUCCAUAGGAACCGGCUAGCUAUGGUUCGAGGCUUCUUAAAUCAUGUGAUAACCAUUCUGUUAAGAAUAUAAUAUAAAUAAUUAAAUUUACCUAAUCUUUCUAUUAGUUUAAAUUUUUUAGACAAGUGAUGAUUACACAUGAUAUCAGAGCAGAGGUCAUGAAUUUGAACCUUGACUCU